CCUUAAACUCAACUCGCCUGAAUACCUAGCUUAUCGAUCCUCUCUACCUCGUCCCGAACACCUUCAAGCCACUUCAACACUGGGAUUACCUCCACAAUCCUAGUGAUAUCCAUCAUCCCAACAAGAUGAAGCUGCGCUCCAGCUGGCUUCUCGCCAGCUCGCUGUGUGUCGCAGGUGCCGCGGCCACGUCUGCCCCAGUUUACACUUUCAAUGUCGAUUCGACCGAAGCUCCUGCUCACAAGAAACUGAGUCCUGAGACGGCAAGACUAGUACUGGCGCAAAGAUUGGGACUCUCCGAAUACCACAGUCUAUCAGGGCUCACCGACGAGUCUGUACGCGAUGUAAACGACUUUGGCGGCAAGCAGGCGUCGCUGUUCGAUGACGUCGCCAAGGGUUCUCGGAAAUCUCGAUUACUGGUCAUGGUGGAGGGCGUCAAGGACGUCAAAGACCUCGUCCCCAGCGAUACAGCUCCCGCAUUCAGCAUCAAACACGCGCAAUGCUCAGAUGUCAACGAGAGACUCAUGUCAGAUCUCUCCGCCCAGAACGUGGACAGUGGAAAUGGAGAAUACUGCAAUCUGGAGAAGAAGGACUCUUUCUGGGGCCUUGAAGCUUCUUUUGCCAGAUGUUCCGCUAUUCCAGAGCGUCACCAAGAUUUGGUGCUCGAUGACACCACUACCGGAAUCGAGGGCUUUCAGACAUUAGUAUCCGCUGAUGUCUUUGGCAUUGGCAACGGCGCCAAAACAAACACCAUCAUCCACCUCCGAAGUCUCGAGACAAUUGCCAAGAAGCACGGUGUCACUAGUCGCGCCUACAAGGACGCCGUUAAGCUCCUUUCGAAGGCCAUCGCUUCCCUCCAGACGCAAGCCGAAGGCGGUCUGCUCGAGAGCACCAUUGUCCUCAACCCUGAGACAUCCGCCUGCAAAAAGACCUCGUCCAAGCCCUACGGCAGCUACGAUGUUCCUACUCCCCAGAAGAAAUCUGUAGCACAUCACCAACGUCGGCAAAACCCCGAGGUCAUUCUCUCCGAGGCCGCCGCCGCUCUCGCUGCCGCCGAAGCUCCCGCUUCCACCGCCCCUGCUACCUCUAAGAAAACUCGCCCAAGCCAGGCUCAGACUUUGAGAUCGUCCGGUGCUGCCCCCAAAGGCAUCCUGCCCGUCUGCCACAACUCCCUCGACUCCUGCAUCUCCGCGACAAACAAUUGCUCCGGCCACGGCAGCUGUUUUGCCAAGGGCGGCUCAAGCGACAAAACCGGCCCCGCAUGCUACACCUGCGGCUGCGUUCCCACUGUGCGCAAAAACUCCGACGGCACCGUCAAGACGACUCACUGGGGCGGACCCGCUUGCCAGAAGAAGGACGUCAGCAUGCCGUUUUUCCUCCUCGCCGGCUUCACUGUUACCAUUAUCGGCGUCAUCUCAUGGGGCAUUGGCCUAUUGUUUAGCAUUGGCAACGAGGAAUUACCGAGCGUUAUUGGUGCAGGCGUCGUUGGUCCUCGUGCCAAGUAGACAUGGGAUUACCCUGUCCCUGUAAUAUUUCUCGCCCUCACUACCGUCCUAAUACAAUGAAAUGACCAUGGCGGGACGUGUUGUUCUUAGAUGGCUGUAUGGUUGUACGUUGCAUGUUGUCGUAUGCACUGGGCCCCUUUGUCAGCCCAAAAUUCACGAAAGCUAUAAUCCGAAGGCGACAGAAUUUCUUUUCUUAAUCUCCAAGAUGAACUCUUUUUUCCCUUUUCUUUCCGAGUCAAGGUUCAUUUCCAGCCUCAAGAUUCCGCCGAAUUUGGCGUUUAUCAGCUACUUUCUAUUUCCUCUCUUGUCCCUUUUUUCUCCUUUUGUCUUUUCCCCAACUUAUUUAAGACGUAUAUACCUUUUUUACGUACUGUACGUAGUCUUUAUUACCGCA